CGGAGAAUUCACUACAUGAUCAGCAAGGGUGGCAGUGAGGCUCUUCUGCAGACCCUGGUAGACACAGCGAGGACAGCUCCUCCAGACUAUGACAUCCUCCUGCCUCUCUUCCGGCUGCUGGCCAAAGUUGGCCUAAGAGAUAAAAAGAUUGGACGGAAGGCCCUGGAAUUGGAAGCACUUGAUGUGACACUGAUUCUGGCCAGGAAGAACCUAUCCCAUGGCCAGAACCUCCUCCACUGUCUCUGGGCUCUGCGUGUGUUUGCCUCCAGUGUCUCCAUGGGAGCCAUGCUGGGAAUUAACGGAGCCAUGGAACUGCUUUUCAAGGUUAUUACUCCUUACACCCGAAAGCGCACCCGAGCCAUCAGGGCAGCCACUGAAGUUUUGGCAGCAUUGCUGAAAUCCAAGUCGAACGGCCGCAGGGCAGUGAACCGAGGCUACGUCACCAGCCUGCUUGGGCUGCACCAGGACUGGCACAGCCAUGACACAGCCAACACCUACGUGCAGAUCCGGCGGGGCUUGCUGCUCUGCCUCAGGCACAUUGCUGCCCUCCGGUCCGGCAGGGAGGCCUUCCUGGCAGCACAGGGCAUGGAGACCCUCUUCAGCACCACACAGAACUGCCUGGAUGACAAGAGCAUGGAGCCCGUUAUCUCUGUGGUGCUUCAGAUCCUGAGGCAGUGCUACCCUAAGAGUCCACUUCCCUUGGUCACAGCCAGCAGUGCCUAUGCCUUCCCGGUCCCUGGGCACAUCACCACUGAACCUCCACAUGAUCUACCUGAAGAGGAUUUUGAAGAUGAUGGCGAUGAUGAAGUGGACAAAGACUCUGAUACUGAAGAUGGGAAAGUGGAAGAUGAUGACUUGGAAACAGAUGUGAACAAGCUGAGUUCCAAACCUGGUCUUGACCGACCUGAAGAGGAACUGAUGCAAUAUGAGGCGAUGUGUCUUGAGCUCUCCUAUAGCUUUGAGGAACUGCAGUCCAAACUUGGAGAUGAUUUGAACUCUGAAAAGACUCAGUAUGCCAAUCACCACCACAUUCUGGCUGCUGCCUCCUCAAAGCAGCAUUGCUACAACAAGGACCAAAGUUCCUGUGGGCAAGAAAGAGAAGAUGCUGUCCAGACUUCCCUUCUGUGCAUGGUGAAGACAGGAAGGUCCACUGUGCAUCUAGGCUCCAAAAAAAAUCCUGGAGUGAACCCGUACCAAAAUGUGCAAUCCAAUAGUCUCAGGAGAGAUUCUUCUGAAAGUGAAAUCCCUGACAUUCAGGCUCCCCUGAAAGCAGAUGCCUGGGACGUAGAUGCAAUUUUCUGCCCAAGGAUGAGUGCCUCCUUUUCUAAUUCCACUAGGACUGGAGAAGCUGUCAAAGGAAUAGAUAAGCUUCUGCAGACACAUCUGAAGCGUGCCCCUUUCCACAAUCCCUAUCUUUAUAUGGCCAAAGCCAGAAGAACCAGCUCUGUGGUGGACUUCAAGAUGAUGGCAUUUCCUGAUGUCUGGGGACACUGUCCCCCUCCCACCACCCAGCCUAUGUUGGAACGCAAAUGUGGAGUCCAAAGGAUCAGGAUAUUUGAGGAUAUUCGGAGGCUCAUCCAGCCAAGUGAUGUUAUAAAUAAAGUUGUCUUCAGUUUAGAUGAGCCUUGGCCUUUGCAAGACAAUACUUCCAGUUGUUUACGGUUCUUCUCCAAAUUUGAGUCAGGAAAUCUUCGCAAAGCCAUCCAAGUGCGUGAGUUCGAGUAUGACUUGCUGGUCAACGCAGAUGUGAACAGCACCCAGCACCAGCAGUGGUUCUAUUUCAAAGUGAGCGGUAUGCAGGCAGCCAUCCCUUACCACUUCAACGUCAUCAACUGCGAGAAGCCCAACAGCCAGUUUAAUUAUGGGAUGCAGCCCACCCUGUAUUCUGUGAAGGAGGCUCUUCUUGGCAAACCCACCUGGAUACGGACAGGCGAUGAAAUAUGUUAUUACAAAAAUCAUUAUCGCCAGAGUACAGCUGCUGCAGGCGGAGCAUCUGGGAAGUGCUACUAUACCCUCACCUUUGCUGUCACCUUCCCACACAAUGAGGAUGUCUGCUACCUGGCCUACCACUAUCCCUACACCUACACAGCCCUCAUGACUCAUCUUGACAUCCUGGAAAAGAGUGUCAACCUCAAAGAGGUCUACUUCCGGCAAGAUGUUCUCUGCCAGACGCUGGGAGGGAAUCCGUGUCCCUUGGUGACCAUCACGGCCAUGCCUGAGUCCAACAGUGAUGAGCAUCUAGAGCAGUUCCGACAUCGUCCAUAUCAGGUGAUCACCGCUCGAGUUCAUCCAGGAGAGAGCAAUGCCAGUUGGGUGAUGAAGGGUACCUUGGAGUUCCUGGUCAGCAGUGACCCUGUGGCUAGGCUCUUGAGGGAAAACUUCAUCUUCAAGAUCAUACCCAUGCUCAACCCAGAUGGUGUCAUCAGCGGCAACCACAGAUGCUCGCUGAGCGGGGAAGAUUUGAACAGACAAUGGCUUUCUCCCAGUGCUCAUCUGCAGCCAACCAUUUACCAUGCCAAAGGCCUCCUCUACCACCUGAGCAGCAUUGGCCGAAGUCCCGUGGUUUUCUGUGACUUCCAUGGCCACUCCCAAAAGAAGAAUGUGUUCCUUUAUGGCUGUAGCAUCAAGGAAACCUUGUGGCAAGCAGCAUGUACUGUAGGCACAUCUACUAUCCUAGAGGAUGUCAACUACAGGACUCUUCCCAAAAUCCUUGAUAAGCUAGCACCAGCAUUCACAAUGAGCAGCUGCAGCUUCCUCGUGGAGAAAUCUCGAGCUUCUACGGCCCGGGUGGUGGUGUGGAGAGAGAUGGGGGUGUCCAGAAGCUACACCAUGGAAAGCAGCUACUGUGGCUGCAACCAGGGCCCUUAUCAGUGUACAUAGAGGCUGUUGGAGAGGACAAAGAAUGAAAGAGCUCGCCCAGUGGAUGGCCUUCAGGGUCUACAGUUUGGUACCAGAGAACUGGAGGAGAUGGGAGCCAUGUUCUGCUUGGGCCUCCUCAUCCUGGAGCUCAAAUCUGCCAGCUGCAGCCAUCAGCUCCUGGCUCGAGCUGCAACUCUGCUGAGUGCUGAGGAGGAGGCUCUGGACCAGCAUCUCCAAAGGUAA